GGUCGUUUGAGCUCGGGAAAAGUAGCCGGUCCUAUCUUGUUGUCGCCAGGCCGGGGCUCCCUGUAGGCUGAGGAGCCGUAGCGAGAUAGGAGGGCUGGGCGUUGGGCGUCGAGCGUUCUUUGGAGAGUGAGCGUUGCGUGCGGAAAGGGGAGCGUGGGAAGCGAAAAGGACGGCGGAGGUGCUUUGGGUAAGGUAGGGCUCGACGGCGAUUAAGAUCAAGGACGGGGGCGAUGAUAUUAGAGGGAGCGAUGGUAAGGCAAGGAGGAAGGAAGGAAGGAACGACGACGAAGAGAGAGUCAAGUGUGUGUAUAGUGUUGAGUCGAGGAUGAGCGGACAGAGGGACGGACGGACAGGCGCAGGGACGAGGGACGUCAGUGAGAGAUGCUGUCUGUCCGCGUGUGUGUGUGUGUGUGUGUGUGUGUGUGUGCGUGCGUGUGUGCAAGUGAAAUUGCCACUCCGACCAACACCACCCUGGGCCAACGGCACCCGGCUCCUCGUCUCCUUUUCCCUGUCCCGGCGCGGUGCUGCUGCCUGCCGCCGGCUGUCCUGUGGUGAUGUUGCUUGGGCCCACGAGGCCAGUCGCGUCCAGGGCGCGCGCCUCUGUCCAUCUCCCGAUCAAUUUUCUCACACACGCAGACAGAGGGAGAAGGGAGCAGUCCCCUCUUUUUUCGAAGAAGCACAAGAAGCAAUCAAUCCAGCUCAGCUCAGCUCAGCGCCUGUCUUGCCUAGCCUAGAAAGCAAAAGAAAGAAGAGAAAACUUAACGUCGCAUGGCGUGGCGUGGGCCGACGCGCAUGCCGAGAGAUAGGCGGGCCAAACGCAUCAGGGCCCAUGACCGAGGUCCCUGCUUUGCCUUUGCCUGCUUUUCACGCGAGGCACAAGCUGCACGCCUUGUAUAUGCACAAAGGCUACCGGAAUGAACCAUCCGUGCGUAAGAAGUGCUUGGAAGAGAGAGAGAUAUAGCGUCAAGACGGGUCCCGUCGCACAUGAGUAGGAGGGAGAAGGGCGUCGCGUGUCCUGUCGUGUUGUUGUUGUGUUGAUCUCCCCCUCUCCGCUCUGCUCAGACUCUUGCCGGCCCACGCUGAGAGUCGGCACAU